AAGCAAAAUAUUUGCAAACCCUAACUUGCUCUCACUCUUUUCAAUCACCCCCUGGGAAAAGAUCGAGCUUCACAGCAAUGGCUUAUGUUAAGGCUCAGAAAACAAAGGCCUACUUCAAGAGAUAUCAAGUGAAGUUCAAGAGAAGAAGAGAGGGAAAAACUGAUUACCGAGCUCGGAUUCGGUUAAUUAAUCAGGACAAGAACAAGUACAACACCCCUAAAUACCGCUAUGUGGUUCGCUUUACCAACAAGGACAUCACUGCACAAAUAGUAUCUGCUAGCAUUGCUGGUGAUAUUGUUCUUGCUGCAGCAUACUCACAUGAGCUGCCACGCUAUGGCUUGAAAGUAGGCCUUACAAACUAUGCCGCAGCUUACUGCACUGGACUCUUAUUGGCCCGAAGAGUCCUGAAAAUGCUUGAAAUGGAUGAGGAGUAUGAGGGAAAUGUUGAGGCUACUGGAGAGGAUUUUUCUGUGGAACCUGCUGAGACCAGGAGGCCAUUCCGUGCUCUCCUUGACGUUGGUCUUAUUAAAACCACAACUGGCAAUCGUGUCUUUGGUGCCCUUAAGGGAGCUUUGGAUGGUGGUUUGGAUAUUCCUCACAGUGAGAAAAGGUUUGCUGGCUUUGAUAAGGAGAAGAAGGAGCUUGAUGCUGAGGUUCAUCGCAAAUAUAUCUUUGGGGGACAUGUUGCCGCUUAUAUGAAGACAUUGAUGGAGGAUGAACCAGAGAAAUACCAGUCACACUUCAGUGAAUAUAUCAAGCAAGGAAUAGAUGCUGAUGGUCUUGAGGGGCUGUACAAGAAGGUCCAUGCAGCAAUUCGUGCAGAUCCUACUAUCAAGAAAUCUGAGAAGGAGCCACCAAAGGAACACAAGAGGUACAACUUGAAGAGGCUUACUUAUGAAGAGAGGAAGGCUAAGUUGAUAGCUCGCUUGCAGGCUCUCAACUCUGCUGCUGAUGGUCCUGAGGAUGACGAUGAGGAUGACGAGUGAAUGUUCUUUGCUGAUGCGGUGUCAUUGCUUCAGUAGUAGAACUAUCAUAUUUUGCAUUUAUAGAAUCAUUGUCUGGGAAAUCUAUUUGCCUGCACUAUUUAUUUUCUAGGUCACAAAUUUUGGAUACUUUAGUAGUUGAGUAAGCCUUUUUUUGGUCAAUUUGGUGUUAGCCUGGAUUUAUGUUAUACCUUUCGGUAUGGUUCCCCAAAAGAUUAUGUUAACCAUGAAAUCCGCCUGUGUUGAUGUGUUAUCCUAAAGUUUUGAUUGUUGGUAACUGGUAUAACAUGCAACCGUUGCCCUUCACAACUUGUUACGAAUGAUUAAAUCAUUUAUGCUUAAUAUUUCAAACCAACAUGUACCCAUUUCUGGUAUCAGGUGUAGAGCGUGUAAUCUCAUGCUUGAAUUGAAUCUUCUGGUCAAUUUCUCGCUUCUGACUAAUAUUAUAUACACAAGGCUAAGGUUACUUUCUCAU